CGUGUACCAUUUUGUGUUGUACUACGCACACAAAACGUAAACGCAUACACUCUCGGAGUAUUCAAACUGGUUCGAAGAUAACGCGAGGUCGGUCGCUAAAACAGCUGCAAGAUUUUUCUUCUGAGAUAUUUUCAAUCUCGACGCUCUCAUUCGCCAACUCAAUAAUGGGCAAACUACUCCCUUUUCUCAUCUUUCCUUCUAACCUCUUCCGCCGCCGAAUGUUCAACAUUGGAAAUCGUGAGAAAAGAGAACGUUUAGUCUAGUCCAGUGUUUCCGAGAAUCAACUAACCUAAAAAGGCGGGAGAAUUAUAUGUUUUGAGAAGCGUCUCAACAAACGCUCCUUCUGAAUGUUUUAUUCGUUAUUCUUUAUCACUCCUGAUUACUUCUUUUGCAAAAAUGGGAGUAAAAGACUUUUGGAACAUUGUUUCGCCUUCGUGCGAGCGAAAACCACUCUUCGAACUUCAGGGUAAAACCAUCGCGAUAGAUCUGAGUUGUUGGGUCGUUGACAGCCAAACUGUUACUGAUAAUUGUGCACAGCCAAAAAUGUAUCUUCGGAAUCUUUAUUUUCGCACUGCAUACUUGUUGAUGCAAGAAAUAUCUCCGAUUUUUGUGCUCGAGGGUAAAGCUCCUGAACUCAAACACAAAGAAAUUGCUAGAAGAAACGAGCUCAGGAAUGAAGGAGAAAGAAAGACAACCAAAAAAGUUGGGCGCACAAGAUUCAAUAGGAUUCUCAAAGAAUGUCAAACUAUGUUGGAAUUCAUGGGACUGAAAUGCGUCAAAGGGUCUGGAGAGGCUGAAGCAAUGUGUGCGUACUUGAAUGCUGAUGGGCUAGUAGAUGCUUGCAUAAGUCAGGACAGCGACUGUUUUCUCUACGGAGCGAAAACGGUGUAUCGAAACUUUUGCAUAAGCGCUGGGAAGAGCAGUUGUUCAGGUGGUUCGGUCGAUGAGUAUUCCAUCGAGAAGAUCGAGAGACUUUAUCAAAUCGGAAGAAACAAAAUGGUGGUGAUGGCAUUGUUGUGUGGUUGUGAUUACGACGACGGUGUAAGUGGAGUAGGAAAAGAAGCUGUGCUGAAACUCUUCAAACUCGUUGACGACAAGGACAUUUUUGACAGAAUUACAAGUUGGCCAACGGAUCCGAAGUUCAAGCAAAUGGAAUCCAAAUUAAAAGAUCCGAAUAUUUGUACGUCUUGCGGACACGAAGGAAAAGUUAGAACUCAUGCAAAAUCGGGCUGCGCCGAUUGUGGGACUGUUUCAAAAUGCAACGAUUCUUACAAAGAAACGAGAGCUCUCAUAUCGAACGAGAUAGCCCUUCGUAAGAAAGCUCUCGCCGUUGAGGGCUUCCCAAACCAGGAACUCAUCGAUGAAUUUCUCGUGAGGAGGGAUCCGAUGCCAUCGCGUUUGGAUCUACAGUGGAGGCAGCCCAAAAUUCUCGAAUUUGUUGAAUUCAUGGAGCGCCACGUAUGUUGGGAGCCAGAGUACGCUUUCGCAAAGAUUUUUCCGUUGACAACACGAUGGCAAUUGAGACAUUUAGCAGUAAUUCCAAAAGCGGAUCGUCUUUUGAUGAAGGGUAUAAUGAUACCGGAAAGAAUAAAGAAAAUCCGUAACCUGAAGAGCAUUGCGAGUUACGAAGUCGUCUGGUCGGACAAGGACGGAAUAUUGGAAGGUUUGACGCUGGGCCAAACAUCAGACGAGGAGAAUAGCGUUACGAUCGAGAACGAAAGCAACGAACUUGUGUCGAUCGAACCACAGGACGCUUUCACCAAAUGUUAUCCCGAAUUGACUGAAGAGUUCGAAAGCGCGAGGUUAGCGAAGAAAAAAAAACCAGCGAAAGCACGAAAGAAAAAAGCUCUGGCAGAGAACGAGGACGAAACGACGACAAAGAAAAAAACAGCAGUUAGGAGACCCAGGAAAAUAGCAGCUGAGAAAGGGAAUCGUAAAAUCGACGAUUUUAUUCAACGAGUCAAGGAUCUCGAGGAAUCGUUCGAAGCUAUCUCCAUCGCGACGAAACGGAGCAAACCCACUGACUCGUUACAUCCUGAGAAACCAAUCGCAUCAGGAACUCCCAAAAAAGGACCCCAGUUCGACAAAGUUUUGGCCACCGAGGGUUGCGCCUCCCGUCACAACGACACCCUCGGCAGAAUGUUCGAUGAAUUGACGCCGGACGAUUUUCCAAGUGAUAUGGAAAACGAGGUCUACGAUAUUUCCGAAAUAGUCGACAGAGUUUGCGGCAAACAAGGUAACGACGUUGAAUUCGAUUUGAGGAGUAUCAGCGCUCUCCGUAUCGAGGAUAACGAGGAACCAAACCUUCCAACGAAUGACGAAAACACAUCUUGCCAAAGUCAACCAAACAAUGCUGGCAUUUUCAAGGCUGACGAUUCCUUCGACGAAUUUAAUAUUGUGUACGUUCCACUGAGCGAGCGAGUCAAAUUAUCCAAAGAAAUCGACCCAGAUAAGAAAAGAGUAUCUCGAAAAAUGACUCUCGGCUUUGAAGAUCUCAUGAAUGAUAGCGAUCUUUGAAUCUCAAGGUUAUAGUCAAUAGGUUUUUUUUAUAAAAAAAUUUUAUUCACUCAGCAAGCAGUUCAAGAGUCGUAUGUCAAUAUCACAUCUAAAUAAAAAACGAUGUCCGGAAACUUACAAAAGAAAUUGAGAUAAGGAAUAUUUAUGGAUGUUUCUUCUCACAAUUUUGCCUAGAAAUUGUCAAAAAAUGUUUGGACGAUUCUUCGUGCCCUGGCAACUCAUCUGAGAUUUCCGUUCAUCGAUGUACUUCUGCAGGACAUCGGUAGCGUUUUUAAGGUUCGACAAACCUCGAAUUCUCCGAAUUUUCCGUUUUUCUUCACGUACUGUUUCCUCGUGGAACCAUUUCUCUUUCUUCCGCAAAAUCUCUUCGACUUUUUUCUAAUUGAUUGAGCAGACAUUUUUUGAGAUAUUAUUUGUUCGUUCUUAUCGAAAAAUCGUGGAGAAAAAUUCUCAGAGUAGCUGUCUCGCCUCUUUUCAUACAUUCAGCCUGAGAACCUGAGAAGUGAACUUUUCAACGGACGAGUAACGAGACAACUGCCAGGUUAAAUGCCUAAUCUUCUAUAAACCUCGGCUCGUGCUCUCUCAUGAUCUUCUAACUCUUCUAAUCUUGCUUCUUCGCUCUUUUCCCAGGCUCUUUGGACGAUUCUCAAAUGCUCCAUUUUCCCUUCGGGCAACCAAUCGAUCAGCAAAUUUUCGGCUUCACUCGUUUUUAUCAUUAACGAUUCGAUCUAAGAAAAAUUGAAGUUUCGUUUGCUCGUGAUAUUGGUAAAUAUUUUCAAAAUUUCACUCAAUAUUUCAAAAAAUAUAUUGACAAAUAUGAGGACGAAUAAUUUUCCCCUACGCCGUCGAGAAUGGAUCUAAAUUCUUGUUCUUGAAAGGCCAGUUUCUCAUUGAUCUCUUGCCACAUGUCCAUUCGUUCCCGCAUCUCUGGUCGACGGUUUCGCAUCUCUCCGAUCAUGACGUUACACAUUUUCACGUCUCGCUUGAAAAAGUCUAUUUCGCUUUUGGUCAGCCGAAAUUUACAGUGCUUCCCGCGCUUACUCAUUUUGACAGCAUCUUUCGAAAGCUUUUCCACAUUGUGAAACAUUUCUUUCAAUUCCUGGCUAAACUCACAGGGGCAAGCUUGCGGACACUUGUGAGCACGUUUUCGUUUCGUGUACCGUUCCAUUUUGAAAUUUGCCUUAAGGAGAAGAAAACAAAUAUUAGCACAAAUCGAAUGGAAACUCGAAGAUCAGUUUUCCAACGAAUCUCCAUUGGAAUAGGCACAUUUUUCGGGAUUUCGAGAAAAUCGUUGGUCGGAUCUUUUGAUUUUUCCUUGAAACUUUGUGAAAAAAUUUCUGACGACUUUUCUCCUUCGUUGUUCUCUCCGUGCAUCGAGUUUUCCAAAUUUUCACGAGUUCGUUCAGCCUCGAUAAUUGGAGUAGUUCUUUCACUCUCAAUCCUUUUAGGCUCAGUCGGAAUUGUUUCGAUCGGAUUCGUGGUCUGGAUUAAAAUCGGAUCCUCCGUGCUCGAAACUUAAAAAAAGUGAUGAUUCAUUGAAAAAAUUCAUUCUAACGUUUUUGACAAUGUUUUCAUUCCACUUUUUUCUCAAUACUUUGAUUUUGUUCGGACCUUGUGAGACCAAAGUGCGCUCCGAAGUGUCCCCCGCCUCUUCGUGAUCACCCGAGGAUCGAUCGUCGUUCGGGGAUUUCGGCGACUCCUUGGACUCGCUACUAAAAUGCGUCGUUUUCGUUUUCAUGUAUUUUUUCCCGGAUUUAUUCUCGACUCAACGAUCUCAAUGAUUUUAUUUAAGUUGCCAACCUUCCCUGAGUGACGGUGCCAGCUUUGGGAUUUUUCUUGAAUGCUUUGCGAGCCGCCGACCGAAUUAUUUGGCAUUUGGAAAUCAAUCUGCUCGAAAUAAUCGAAAAUACAAAAGCGUCAAAAAAUCUCUUAAUUCGGAAAAUAAGAAAUUGUACGAGAGACAAACCGAUCGAUGAAUUUUCGUCCGAAUUUUGGCUUCUGGCAGAGACAAAAUUCAAAUUUUUCCAUUGGAAUCUUCGACUCCUCGAGUCCUUCGUCAUUUCCUGCACGAUUGUCGACAUAUUUUUCUGCUCUGUCACCAAAUGCCAGAUCCGAUUGUUCCACCGUCGAGACCAACGAACCAGUGCCUAUUAUUUCUCAAAGAAUGAACAAUUUCGUAAAUCUUCGUUAGAAUGUCCAUCACUCUGUGAACGAAUCCACGAAAUAAAUGGUUGAAAAAUU